AUGCACACUCUUAUUCUUAUAGAUACAGAAGUAAAGCGGUUCAAUGCACUGAGAAAAGUGUGGGGGUCGUCUCGAGUGCUUCCGCUUGAAACAUUCAAUGAUCCUAAAAACGGAUAUAUCUUUGAGGGAAAUCAAUGCGAGUUUGGUGUUGAUGUUUUGGUUGCUCCAACUCUUGCCAAAUGGGAAGCCGUCUCCUUUGAUCAGCAAAGCCCUAAUUUUAAGUUCUCUUGGACUCUCAAGAAAUUCGUUGAGUUGAAAGAGAAUUUUUACACAUCAGACGAGUUUUCAAUAGGAGGAAGAGAAUGGACUUUAAGGCUGUAUCCCAAGUCCGAUUCUACAGAACGGAAAUGGUUGUCCAUCUUCUUGAUGUUGGCUGACAGCGAAGAACUCAACGCAGAUGAGAAAAUCUACGUCCUAGCACGAAUUAGUCUUAUAGAUUCUCAUGGUGAAAGUCACAACGUCGUUGGGUCGAAAUGUAUGUCAUAA